UAGGCAUUGAUUUUGCUAGACAAGAAUGGCGGCGAGGUUUCUGGGCACACCUCAUUCCGCCGUGCUCAGCGCCGGUGGCUCUAAUUCGUCAAGACGAAGAAGUAUGCUCUUUAUGCAUCAGGCGAGUUGCAGACCUCGCUUCUGCGAUUCAGGAAUUUUCGGGAAUACUACCUUCUCAGUUCAUACUUCUGCUUCUACGCUAGGAUCAGCGCGGCGAAGCAGAGUAGAUGAGAGCGAGAAUUACAAGCUCGAGGGGAUAAGGCACUCGUUGAUUAGGCAAGAAGAUAGCAUCAUCUUUAGUCUAGUGGAGAGAGCUCACUUUUGUUACAAUGCUGAUACGUACAAUCCCGCUGCUUUCCCCAUGGACGGUUUCCAAGGCUCUCUGGUUGAGUACAUGGUCAAAGAAACUGAAAACCUUCACGCAAAGCUGGGAAGAUACAAGAGCCCCGACGAGCAUGCUUUCUUCCCUGAUAAUUUACCCGAGCCACUGUUGCCCCCACUAGAGUUUCCAAAGGUUCUUCAUCCAGCUGCAGAUUCGAUCAAUGUUAACACCCAAGUAUGGAAAAUGUACUUCCAGAACAUCCUCCCAAGUUUAGUUAGAGAUGGAAACGAUGGUAAUAAUGCAUCAUCAGCGAUUUCUGAUACAGUUUGCUUGCAGGUCUUAUCCAAGAGAAUCCAUUACGGCAAAUUUGUUGCCGAAGCGAAAUUCCAAAGUGCCUCCGAGAUCUAUAAACAAGCAAUCAAAGCACAGGAUGCAAGUAAAUUGCUGGAUCUGCUGACAUAUCCGGCAGUGGAGGCUGUAGUCGCGAGGAGGGUGGAGAUGAAAACCCGAAAGUUUGGGGAGGAGGUGAGCGCAGAUGAAUACGAAGGUAACAAUGCGGAGCCGGUAUACAAAAUUAACCCGCAGUUUGUUGCUCAGAUAUAUUUGGACUGGAUAAUGCCGCUAACGAAGCAGGUUCAGGUCGAGUACUUGUUACGAAGACUCGAUUAAAUGAAAAAGGAAAUUAAUCAA